AUGGAUCGCUACGUGGUUGCUCCCUUCUGGGGACCCCAGACCUCCUACCUGAAUUUCUGCGAAGAGGAUUAUGUAGUGACACGAUUCAUCGCGGAAUUUAUAAACACUCUCAGCAGCUUGGUCUUUAUAAUUUAUGGCAUCUACGGUCUCAGGCAGCUUGCCCGGAGGCAGCAGUCUGGUGGCCUUCGAUCAAUUUCAUACUAUGGCUUGAUUGGAGUAGGCGUCUGCUCAGGAGGCUACCAUAUGACUCUUAAGUAUCACACACAGAUGUCGGAUGAAUUGUCAAUGCACCUUCUCACCACACCUCUUUUGUAUCGCAUUCUUACUUUCAAGGCUAGUCCCCAGCGGACCAGGCUAGUCGGGAUCAUCCUUCUGGCCCUUUUCACUUUGGUGAUGGUGAUUCAUAUCGUCAUGGAUGAAUUCAUCCUUCACGCUGUGAGUUUCGGGAUCGCAGUAUACCUGAUUGCGACCGAAAGCUUGAAGAUCAUUCCUCAGCAAGUUCCAGAUCUCGUGAUUAGGAAGAAGAUCCGCAACAUUGCAUUCUUUGGCUCUUUCUCCUUCGGAUUUGGUUACAUUGUGUGGCUAAUUGACGAUUGGGCGUGUGGAAUUUUGACUGAAACCCGACACUUGGUUGGGAUGCCCCUGGCAUUCUUCACUGAACUGCAUGGCUGGUGGCACAUCUUCACUGCCAUCGGUGGCUACGUCGCAGUCGCAAUUGUGGACCUAGUCACGGCUGGUCAAGUUCGGGAUGAUCCCACAAACGAUCUUGCUUGGCCGAUUGGUCCAGCAACUCGAGCUUUAGAAUCACUGAAUUCAUCCAAGAAACAGAAAUGA